AUGGAGGCGUUUGAGGCGGAUAUUCCCAUAGAUUGUCUAUGCUGCACGUCCUCGGCCUUGGUUGCAGGAGGAUAUUUGUUUAAUGAAGGUGUAAGAAGUGGAAAGAUAUAUUUCUACAGUCUAGAAAGCAUGAACAUUGAGGAUGAGUUCACAACAUCUGGAACUCUUGAUAUCAAGGUAAGUGAACAGACUUUAUAUUCAGCAAAUUCUAGUGAUAUUUCCGCCAUUCAUCUUGGGAGCAGAAGCACUAUAAAGAUGGAAACUGCACAUAUUAAUACAUAUGUGGAAGUUUAUGGCAGCAAUGUGUUUGUUUUUGAUGUUGGGGGAAGAGUUAAUGUGUAUAGCAAGGAAAUGACAUCUGCAAAAGUCAUUAAAGCCGGAGAUGCACCUAUAUGGGCCUUAAAGGCAAGCGAUAAAGAGCUGAUAUGCGGGUCUGAGGAUGGGAUGCUAAGAUUUGUGGACACAAGGACAUUUUCUGAGCACCAUACAAUGAAAAGAACUUCUGGGAUUACAUCUAUGUAUGAAUACCUGGAAUACUUGUAUGUUGGAUCGUAUGAUGAAUGUAUAGAGAUUAUUGAUAAAAGGAAGUAUGAGAUUAUAAAAAAAGUAAGAGUUGGUGGAGGGAUAUGGAGGAUCUGCAAAGAAGGAGAGAUGUUCUACCUGUCUUGCAUGUACGAGGGGCUGAAAGUGUGCGACUGUGAUCUAAAUGUUAUGGAAAAGUUUCCAACGAACUCCAUUGCAUAUGGCCUAACUGUAAAGGACAGCAAGGUUUUCUUCACAUCAUUCUAUGAUAAAAAGAUAUACAAGUUUGAGCGCCAUGUUCUAGGAAUAUGCGAAUGA